AUGACGGCGCUCGAUGUGAAAUCGUCCUUUUUGAGGGAUCACAUGUACAAGCUGCAAGACGUCGCGAAGCGGCAAAGCGACUAUAGACGAGCCUUAGCUGCGCGGCUGAAAAACUUUCGACGCAAUCAAAUCAUGGAGGAUAAUAUGAAUAAAGGCACCGACAAAUUGCUUAAAGAAAAGGCCGACAUCAAGGUGAGAAUGUGGACGGCCAUGGGUUCACAAUACAGAAAAAAGAGUGCGUCCAAUUUGAAAACCGUUAAGUGCCACAUUACCUGUGAAGAGCGAUUGGCGGAUGAUAUACACUAUCUGAAAACGGGCAUUUCGAAUAUACAACGUGAGUUGGGACGCCUAUCGCGUUUAAUAUACGAUUUGAAUCGUCACACUGUGCCCGCGUCACGAUCGAUAGAGAAUAAGAACAAAGCACGCAAACACUUGGCCAUAAAGGAGAAUCAAUUGGAGGUGGGCAUACAUCAGGAGUGCAAAAUGACGGCACUGAAUAAGAAAUUACGCGGAGAACUGACCGAACUGAUUGUGGAGCGUAAAAUUUUCAACGAUCAUUAUUUCAAAUUAAUACGCGCACUAAAUAGCGAUAAGAAAUAUAUGACCGAUUUAAUUAAUUACGCUUUGAAUCAGUUCGACUCGAACAUAGAACUCUAUGAGCGUUUUGAUAUUUUCAAGAAGCGCCACCGUAGAGAUUUGGAACAACGCAGAAUGGAAAUGCGUGACAUUAGUCGCAAUAAGAAGGAGUCAUUAAACGAUACGCAGUUUUACAGAAUCAAAAAUUUACACCGCCAAUUGGAUGACUUGCAACCGAAGGAGUAUCGGCGGCGUAGUAAUGUGCGCGAGAGUUUGAAAAAGAAACUUAUCGUCAACAAGAAUGUAUUACAUAAAAUCUUUCAAUAUACCGAAGAGAAAGAUAUCAAAAAUGUAAUCGCCAAAUUUAAAGAACAAGAAAGCCUCUACUACUCUUACUUUAAUUACGCCAAUGAGACGAGCUAUCACAUGACACUGUUGAAUAACGCGGUCAAUCGACUUUUUGCGGAUAUCGAUUUGCUUAAGCUGGAAAAUCGCAAUACUAUGGAAAAUCAAGUGGACCAAAUUGAGAAAUUAGAGACGCAAUUGAUUGAAAAAAAGAAGAACAACGCGGCGUUACGCAAGACAUCCGAGGUGAAUGACGAACGUUUGACAAAACUAUUUCAGGGCUUGAAGCUGGUGCGUGAUCACUCGAAAACAGAUUGGCAAUCGCUAGAGAAGGAAAUCGGUGAUUAUCGUGAGAUCAACAUACAAAAUUUGCACAGUCAGCUGAAGCUUGUAGAACGGCGUAUAUUCGGUGUGCUAGUGAUGGUCUAUAAGUUGGAGCGUAAAAGUGGCAAGAAGCGUUCGAAUGAGUUUCUGAUCAAGCAUAUAGAAAAGUUCUGUGAUUUUGCAACCGACUUAAAUGAUAUUGUCUUAACGCAACAAUGUCCCGAAUGCGCCGAAGUGGAUACAUUGAAUAUCGAUGAGACGGAGAGUAUUGGUUUAACCUCGAUUGAAAAUGUUAAGCACAAGCUUUAUGAUAAGAUUAUACAACCCGAAAUGCAAUACCGUUUGCAUAGCAUGAGCACAUGCCGAUUUCCACGAGCCCGUUUGUUGACCGCAAAACGAAAUAUGGAAACAGUGUUGUAA